UCUCAGUGUGGUAGGAGACUCCGUGCGGUGGACACGUCACAAUGUGUUUAAUAACACAGUUAUUAUUCAUACUCUUAUUCCUCAUAUUCGCUUUCUGGGCUUAUACGAGAAUAACGUGCGGUAUCUGCAAAAGCAGUCGACAUUUGGUAGGGAAAGUGGUUAUAGUGACCGGCGCAAAUGCGGGCAUCGGAUUUGAAACUGCCAAGAAUCUCGCGGAGAGGGGGGCGCGAGUGAUUAUGGCGUGCAGGAACGAGGGCCGCGCCACCGUCGCCCGCGAUGAGAUCAUCGCUGCCACCAGCAAUCUUGAUGUGCACUACAGACACCUCGAUCUCGCUUCCUUGAAAUCCGUCCGGGAAUUCGCCGACAACAUCAACAACACAGAAGAACGAGUCGACAUUCUUAUAAACAACGCUGCCAUUUACGGCUCGAAACUGGAGAAGACCGAAGAUGGACUGCUUCUAGGCAUGCAAUCCAACCAUUUUGGACCAUUUUUGCUGACAUGCUUGCUUCUGCCGAAACUAAAAUCUUCAGCACCUAGUCGCAUAAUCAAUGUCUCUUCUAUAGCGCAUGAAAAGGGGAUCAUCGAUUUUGAUAACCUUAACGGCGAGAAAGAAAUGGAUGAAACGAUACACGAGAGCAAGGUAUAUGCUUUAUCUAAAUUGUGCAACAUAUUGAUGACUGUUGAGCUGGCUCGGCAGUUGCAAGGAAUCGGUGUUACCGUUAAUUGUUUGCAUCCGGGAGUCGUGGUUACCGAGAUCUUAAAUUACGUACCAGUGAUUGGCCACUUACUGCCCAUUUUGAAGUAUUUUUUCAAAGAUACCUGGGAAGGUGCUCAAACCUCGGUUUAUCUCGCCGUGGCACCAGAGGUCGCGUCAGUCAGCGGUCGUUACUUUAAAGACUGCCGUGAAGUGAAACCCUCGAAAAGUGCACAAGAUGUGUACGUAGCCCGCAAGUUGUGGGAAGUGUCUGAGAAGAUAGUUAAAUUGAAAUAAAUUGCCUUUUAGAACAGUGCUUUAAGAUCAAAGACAUGAAAUCCACUCUUGACUAUAAGAUGCUGUUUGGAAAAUAAAGAAACUUUCACAAAAUAUAUUUUUUUCAUACCUA